GUUACAUUCUAAGUAAUAAUAAGUGCGCAGUGUGCGUUGUGUAACUUUCGUCUCGAGAUUGGAAGUUCCUACCCGUUUUUUUAACUGCAAUCGGCGACAUUCUAGACGAAGAUGUCAGUUGCCCGGCAGCUUGGAAGGUCACUUCGACCACUGUUACAGGCCAGAAUUGCCAGCAGCUCUUCAGAAGCUGGUUACCACAAAAAUGUGAUUGACCACUACGAGAACCCUAGGAAUGUGGGAUCCAUGGACAAGAAUGACAAGUCUGUGGGAACCGGUCUAGUCGGGGCACCAGCAUGUGGAGAUGUCAUGAAACUCCAGAUCAAAGUUGAUGAUGACGGCAAGAUUGUGGACGCCAAGUUCAAGACAUUUGGUUGUGGGUCAGCAAUUGCAUCGAGCUCACUUGCUACUGAAUGGGUCAAGGGAAAAUCAGUGAACGAUGCCUUGAAGAUCAAGAACACGGAUAUUGCUAAGGAGUUGUGUCUUCCUCCCGUCAAGCUACAUUGCUCAAUGUUGGCAGAGGAUGCCAUUAGGGCAGCAUUGGCCAAUUACAAGGUGAAGCAAGGAGAUGAGACCAGGGCAGAAGCUGUCAACUGAGUCAGGUGCGAUGGGAAGAGGCGACAUAAGCGGGAUCAUGGGGGCUGCCAUCUUGCAACAGUAUCUUGAGAAAUAGAAUAUGCAUGGUUCUGUGCACCGUGCUUUGCGCUUGUCCAGAUGGUGGUACCUGUGAUACGGCUUAUGAAAGAGACUUUUUCUUUGGGUUGGGGGGGGGGACAAGUUUGGGUGGAUUAAUGACUCCGGGGGGUGGGGGGGGAAAUCAUUUGGGAGAUUUGGUAUGAUGCGAACUUUAUAAGAUUACAUGUAUAUUAUAUUCAUAAUACAUUAGCAUGUGCAUCAAGAUGUAGGUUUCUUUCACAUUUGUUUCAUUUCCCUGUUCAAUCGUUUGGACUAUUCUGAGGCACCUAAAAUGAAAGUUUGAAUACUCUCGAUAGUGAAGAUUUUCGUUUUUCUUUAACUUUCUUAAUACACGUGUAUCUUAUUUUGUGUAAUCAUUUAACUGUAUUUUUCAUGUAUUAUCAAAGCAAGUAGACCCCGUCUUUGGGAAAAUGUUUUGGACAAUGCGAAUUUGUACAAAACAUGAUGGAAAAACUGUGAAAGAAACUGUGGUAUGCCCACAUUACAUUUUGGGAUCAGUUUUUCCUUUUCAUGUCCAAUUACAGAACCCCUAUAUUGGUGGAAUGUUCGCUUUUAAUUGCAGUGUACAUUUGGGGUUCCUCAGUCCCCCAGAUUGGAUUUCUAUAAGGUGUGUUUGGGGGUGGGUGUUUGUUUUGCAAUGCAUGUAAAUUAAAUAGAACUAAAGAUUUGACUUCGUGUUUAGUUUUGUAAAAGUUUUAGCUUUCAUUUUCAGAUCCAUUUAAGCGUUCAGCCAUUUGACACCUGCCCAUUAUGUUUAUAGACGGGCAUGAUUGACAUGAAAAUCAACAAUUUUCGUUUGUCGUUUGGGAAAAUUUGUAAAUGGAUUUAGCUUCUUCUUUUUUGUUUAAAUGUGUAAACGUCACAUCCUUUUAUAUAACAUUUAACUUGAUUUAUUAAAACAAAGCGCACAAAGUAUUGUAAAUAAAACAUUAACAUGUGAAGGUGUUAUUACAGAAAUGACUGAACGUGGGGGGAAUGGUACAUUUAUUUUAGUGGGGAUGGCUCAGCUAAUAUAGUCUCGGUAGAAGACUGAAUUUGUAUUCCCUGCAGCGGGUUCAAAGUUGCGGCGGCGGUGGAGGUCUCUACCAGAAGGAUCAAAUCCAGUCUUGGCAAUAUUGGCAGUGCUACCCAGGACAUUCCCAGCAUGCCUCACACGCAUGCAUCAGCUUGAAUACAGCUCACGUAGCGUGAGGUACACUCAGAACUUUCCUGGGUAGCGCUGCCGGUCUUGCCAAAAAUGGAUUUGAUUAAUUUUGUUGGGAAACCUGGCUGGUCAUGGACCAGCUGUAUAAAGGGAAUAAAAUGAAAUUCAGUCUUGGACCAAGACUACUAUUAACAUUUGUUGCAUAAAAGCCUGAACAAUUUCGACCAUAUUUCUCCUAUAUCAAAUUCCCAUGUGUUAAUUAAAAUUGUGCAAAAUUGAAUCACGCAAUGAA